AUGGAAUCUACAGGACACCCUCUCCCCAGACACUGUGUUGUCCUGCUCCUCCUUCAGAUGAUAGCACCAAGUUCAGAACAGUUUACAGUGACUGGCUUACAGGGGAAAAUCUUGGCUCCAUUGGGUGGACUAGUUGAGCUCAGCUGUCAGCUGUCCCCACCACAAAGUGCAGAACACAUGGAGAUACGCUGGUUCCGGGACCGCUACACUCAACCUGUUCACCUGUACAAGAAUGGUAAAGACCUGUAUGGAGAAACUAUCUCCAGAUAUGUGGAGCGGACAGAGCUCCUGAAAGGAGCUAUCCGAGAAGGUAAAGUGAUCCUCAGGAUCUUCAAUGUCAGUGUUGAUGACGAUGGGCAGUAUCACUGCUUCUUCAAGGAUGGUGAUUUCUAUGAAGAAGCCAUCGAAGAAGUGAAGGUUACAGCUACAAGCUUAGAAGUACAGAUUCGUGUGCAUCCUCCUAACAUCAAAGGUCUUUUGGUGGAGUGUAAUUCAAGAGGUUGGUUCCCACAGCCUCAAAUGGAAUGGAGAGACAGCAAAGGAGGGGUCAUUCCAACUACAUAUGAAUCCCAUUCUCAGGAUGUGGACAAAUUGUUCAACAUGAAGAUGACCCUUCUUCUUACACAGAGCUCUCGUGAGAAUAUCACUUGCUACCUUCGAAACCCUGUAACUGGUCAAGAGGAAAGGACAAGCAUUGCCCUAUCAGAUCAAUUGUUUCCAUGGAACACUAUUUGGGUAAUGAUUCUGAGCAUGAUUCUGGCUCUGCUGCUGAUUUUUGUCAUGGUGCCUUGUGUUGAUCUACAUCGCAGGUUGCAAAUUCAGCAGAAAGGAGCCAGAUGCAGUUCGCAGUCUUCUGAAUGUUCCAGAAUCUGCACUAGAGACUGUCAGCCUGUUACCUGGUGCACAGGUUGCUGCAGCAAAAUGAGACGUCCCUUUGCAGUGGGCACAGGAAUAAUACUGUCUUCGCUGUGUGUAAUCAGCUCUCUUAUUUCCUAUUUGCAUCACAAAAGCAGAGUUCCUGCUUCAGAUCCACAUUUCCAAUUGGAUACCGUCUGGUUGGAGGACAUGACUAUGAUCCUGUGUGUUCUGACUGUCUUCAUCACCAUGAUCAUUUCCUUUAUUUACUUUAAAUUCAGAGGUUUGCUACAAAGUUAAGAGAUUAAAAAAGCAUCAAACAACUUAUCUGGAACUAUGGGUGAAGAAAAGAUGGUGGAACAAUAUGCUAAGAGCUCAGAAGCAAAUAACUGUGGCCCUACAAUAUUAUAUAUAACCAAGUAAUUCUAGGUGGAGGGCAAAUAAAAUAUAUUUCUAUGUUCAAAUUUACAUUUAAUUUGUAGCUCUUGU